AAAGCGUUGACGGGACUUGUUCGGGGUACAUAUAUCUGGCUCAAGUCGCUGUUCCGGAUAUGCCAGGUCCAACUUAUUCCUUGAAUGGGAGUCUCCAACAAAAUCCUCAUGCCACUGGGCCCGCGCUCAUGAUAUCAUUAUGUCGAAGUCACCUAAAAGAGCUCGUGCUGUUGUGAUGACUUGCUUCCUUUCCUCCGUCCAUACUGGGCCCUGUGAUGCCCAGCUAUGCUCAAGCCCGAGUCUCAGAGGCCCUUGAUCUGAUCCACGCGGCAGCAUAUAACUGUGGCGUACUCCGUCCGGGGGAUUUAUAUCACGCACACAAACGUAGGACAAAUUUCAGCUCUUCCUUUUGGGUCAGCUCCUCCCUCCUAGCUGCUUUCUUGCCCCCGUCGGCUGUAAGCAGGGUCGGUAUGUCGGAAUUGGAGAACAUAUAUGGCGGGUUCUUCGUCGGACUGGUGCUGAAUGCGAUGUAUGUGAAGUUCUUGAGAUCAGCGCCCACCGCCGUGCCUUGUGCAUCAGUCGGCACUGACGACCCUUCCUUGUGUGACCACCGAUCAUUUCCCCCCUUCGAAUCGUUGCCUGCCCGCUACAGUUUCCACGGUUUUACUACCGUGCAGAUUUGGCUCUACUACCGCACGUACACAAACGACCGCAUCUGUGCCAAAUUAGUUGUCGGUUUCUUGUGGCUCCUCCAGACGUUCCAGGUAUCCUUGGUGGGACAUUUCGGAGUUCUCAUGUCGCAUUCGUCAUGGAAAGUUCCUGUUGGCACUGACUCUGUUAUGUUCUGACUUGCCUUCCAAUAGGCACGAUGCUAUUUACGUGCCCAUUGCGGUGCCCACUUUCAAAUCAGCCAACGUCCCACUCGACUGACGUUAUCACUCGUUUACAGGUCAUCAGUUCCGCUAUUGUCCAAUUGUA